AAAACAGAGUUUCACCUGCAGCGCGCGGAACCGCUCACCGCCGCGCUUGCACUGCGUCUGCAUGCCCGCGUAAAACACGAGCUCCAGUCCCGGUGCCCCAUCCCCGCCGAAAGAAACGACAGUACGGCACCGUCGGUCACACACUGAUAGAUACCGGAUCGGUCAUCGGUCUGAUCCACCACUUUCCGGAAGCCUCCCGCAUCAAGCUGCGUCUGCGUCGGUGCUGUCCCUCCCCUCCCCUCCCCUCCCACAUCUCCUCGCCUCCAAUCCCCAACGACCACCAAGCCGACCGCGUGCGUGAUUCGUCGUGCAAACGAUGGAGCAGGGCGGCAAGAACCCGGACAGCCCCGAUCAGCUCCCGCUCCCCUGCGCCAACGGCUGCGGCUUCUUCGGCUCCCCGGACACCGGCGGCCUCUGCUCCAAGUGCUUCCGCGACAGCCUUCGCCGCGCCGAGGCCCAGGCCCAGCUGCAGGCGUCGGUGGCGGCGACGUCCAAGGAGGCGGAGGAGGAGGGGGCGAGUAGGGCAAAGGCGAGGAGCAGGUGCGCGUCGUGCGGGAGGAAGGUGGGCCUGAUGGGGUUCGAGUGCCGGUGCGGCGGCGUGUUCUGCGGCGAGCACCGCUACUCGGACCGGCACGACUGCUGCUACGACUACAGGGGCGCCGGCCGCGACGCCAUCUCCCAGGCCAACCCCGUCGUCAGGGCUGAUAAGGUCGACAAGUUCUGAGCUCUUAAGUUUGGGUUCCUUCGGCUCCAGUUCAUCGACGAAGGUGUGGUAGUGGGUGUGAUCGUCAAAUACUUCCGUGUGUGGAGUUCAGUUUAUAAACAUGUUGACCCAUAAAGUUAAAACAGUGAUUUCGGCCAGAGCGAUGGACUCAGGUCCGAUGGUUUGUACUCCUGAAUUCCAGAUACAGAAUCCAAAUGGACGAUUCUGUCAUUUUGUGUGGUUUCUUUUCGCUAGUACUCCUACGUGUGUUGCGCUUCUCCCGUCUUC